AUGCGGUGGGCAAGUGGAAGGAUUGUUGCAUCCAAGUGUCACCCACUUCUCGUCUCGACGGUCGAGUCUACCAACCUUAUCAUGAACCCAUCGUCAAGACUUUGGAUUUUACAUUCUCUCACCUGCGAUUUGUGGAGACUGGUCACUCUACCGUCCGCGCAACAACGUCUUCUGGCUGGAGUUCCCAGCAGAGGCGCACUUGGUGAGGCAUUAAAGUGGAUCCGCGUCCAAGCCAUUGUGACGAAUACCAUGACGGUGUCAGCGAAGACUCCAAAAGUCAGGCAGGAGGAAAUACUGAGCUUAUCGGCAGAACCAAUGUCCGCGGUGGAUUUCAUCAGACUGGCGGAGAAGCGUGCUCCUUACCUCUUUCAUCCAAAAAAUUACCAAAGAGGCUGUCAAACUAGAUGA